AAAUAACCGUCACCAUUUUUGCUUGCGUCCCUUCGAGAAGUGUUUUUAUAAAUAUUCCAGUAUUUAUCAAACAUCUAUGUUUUGACGUUAUAAAAUAUAACAUUUCAAUUAUAUCGUGUGUAGUUGGUAUUUAAGCAAUUUUAAAAUGUCUGACGAAGAUGUUGUCACUAACGUGAGAAUAACACGUUCCGGCAAAGUUGUUAAAUCACCCGCUAAGCAGGCUAAGGCACCGACUACUCGGAAAACAAGGAAGAAAGUUGUAUUAAUGGAAGUUGAAGUCUCUGAUGAGGAAGAUUCACAAGUGCCAGAGGGAAUUAGGCAGCAGAGAGAUGAGCCAAACAUUGAUGCUCUAAAGCAUACACUUGAAGAAGAAAUGAAUAAAAUCACAGCUAACUUACAAAAAGAGCAAGAACUGAAAAAUGCCACUGCUGCCACUGAAACUGAAAACCACCAUCACGAAUCAGAAGCAAAAGUAUCUAAUGGUGAUGAUGGAAAUGAGUCUGAGCCAUUUUUGGAUGUUUUUGGUGAUGAAAUGUAUCAAAUGGAGGUUGAUGCAGAAACAUCCAAAGAUGGGGGUACUAAUGAGACAGAUAGUGAGGAAAAUGUAACUUCAACAGAAUAUUUAGAUGAAAAUUUGGCUGAGCAAAUGGGGGAUCAAAUUAGAGACAUAUAUGAUGAAGUUGGGGACGACUCGACAACAAAAAAUGCUAAUGUUACUAAUGUAAAUAAUGAAAAUGACGUUACAAUAGAAUCAAGUAAUAAAGUCAAUGCAAAAAAACGUAAAACUAGUGAUAAAGAUAACGAUUCUGAUAUGGAAACAAACUCUGAUAAGGAUGGUUCAAAGUCAUCUAAAGAAAGUGAUGAAAGCGACAGUGAAAAGGGCAAUGGUCUUGAAAGUCUUAGCGAUGCUGAUAUGGCAGAAGAGGGUGCUAAACAGAACGGGGAUCCAGACGCGGAAAACAUUUCCGAAGACGAAUUACCGGGUGUACCGGUAGCAAAGGUUCCUGAAACGGAGGAGGUUUCAGAUGAGGAAUUGCCUGGUCCCAAGCGAGCUGAAUUGCCUGCCGACACCGAAGUCGUUUCGGAGGACGAACUGCCAUCGUCGUCAACGAAAAAGGAGGGCAUGAAACGGAAACUGGAGGAAGGAGAUUACGAUCCGGGUUCGCCCACAUCUGAGAAUGAAGCUCCGUCUAAGAAGCCGGCGGUAGAACCGUCCCCCGAGAAAGAAAAAGAAGAGAAACCACCCAAGCCCAAGAAGCUGCCUGAAUUGGACAAGUAUUGGAAAGCGGUCAAUGAUGAUCCUACUGACUUCACUGGCUGGACUUAUCUUCUGCAGUAUGUAGACCAAGAGAAUGAUAUGGAAGCUGCAAGAGAAGCUUACGAUGCUUUUCUUUCUCAUUAUCCUUACUGUUACGGCUACUGGAGGAAAUAUGCGGACUACGAGAAGCGAAAGGGCAACAAAAAGAAAUGUGAAGAGGUAUUCGAGCGAGGCCUGAAGUCCAUACCACUGUCUGUCGAUCUCUGGAUCCACUACCUAACCUACGUAAAAUCAACGAAGCCGGACGACGAGGACUAUAUUCGAUCACAGUUCGAGCGGGCGUUGGUCGCGUGCGGAUUGGAAUUCCGAUCGGACCGGCUAUGGGAUUCGUAUAUCAAAUGGGAGUUGGAGGGCCGUAGACUACAGAAGGUUACGGCUAUCUACGACCGAUUGUUGGCAACACCUACCCAAGGGUACACUUCACACUUUGACAGUUUCCAAGAGCACAUCGCAAACAAUCCUCCGAAUAAGGUGAUUGAGAUCGACGAGUUCCUUGCACUGCGUAAAGAAGUGCGUCACAUUAUUAAACAUGACCAACCCGAACCUAGUGUGGAGUCGGACGCUCCGCCCGGUGACGAAGAUCCCACUAAACUGGUCAGUACCGAUGAGGAGACCAAAGCAAUUAGAGAUAGGAUUGUUUCCAUUCGUCGAAAAAUUCACAAAAACACCGUUAACGCUGUAACAGCUCGAUGGAAUUUCGAAGAAGGGAUUAAACGUCCGUACUUUCACGUGAAACCCUUGGAGCGAUGCCAACUGAAGAACUGGCAAGAUUAUUUAGACUUUGAAAUUGAACAAGGCGAUAGACCAAGGGCUAUAGUACUGUUCGAGCGUUGUUUAAUUGCUUGCGCACUAUAUGAGGAGUUUUGGUUAAAGUUUGUGCAUUACUUGGAAGGACUAAAGGAUACUGAGCUCCAGCCUAAAAUUCGAGAUGUGUAUGAACGCGCCUGUACUAUACACCACCUUAAAAAACCCAAUUUGCAUUUAAAAUGGGCGAUGUUCGAAGAGGGGGUGGGCAACUUCAACAGGGCGGCGGAGAUUCUUGUAAAUCUAGAGAAGUCUGUUCCAAAUGUCCUCCAAGUAGCGUAUCGUCGAAUCAAUUUAGAGCGGCGAAGGUCUGACCACGAGAAGUGUAUACAGUUGUUUGAACAUUACAUUACCUCGUCAAAGAAUAAGAUGAUUUCCAGCAACAUUUCAAUAAAAUAUUCACGGUUUUGUUUGAGAGUUCUAAAGGAUGUUUCAAAGGCUCAAGAAACAUUGAAAGCGGCUGUCGCCAAGGAUCCAAACAAUCCCAGACUAUACUUGCAACUGAUUGAUUUGACUUUACAAAAAGAAAACGUGACUGAAACCGAAGUUUUGGAAUUAAUUGAUGCUUUCUUAGACAAAGAAAAUACAGAUGCUGAUCAAAAAGUUCUUUUUGCUCAGAGAAAAUUGGAAUUUUUGGAGGAUUUUGGUAGUGACAUUCAGUCUGUACAAAACGCUUAUGAUCAGUACCAGAGGCUUAUUAAAGCCAGCAAAGAUAACCCUAAGAAAAAGGAAUCUAAAAGUAUGGAAAUGGUUUCUAACAAAAAGGAUAAAGUUUCUGCUCAGACGUCAUCCCAGUCCGGUUCUUAUGGAGGAUACAGUUAUGGAACAUCUUCUAGUCAACCACCUUAUCAGUACUCUGGCAACCAGCAAGGACAGUACAACUACGGUCAGUACGGACAGAGCGACCAGUAUCAGUACCAAAACUGGCAGUAUCCGCAAGGGGGAUAUGGAAAUUAUAACCAGUGGGGAUCAUAUGGAGGGGGCUAUGGCUACUGAUCCCGAAAAUUAGAACAUUUUAACGUGUGACAAGUGUAGAUGUGCACCAAACCUUUCCUUUAAGUUUAGUAAUUAAUAAUAAAGUACAAUUUAUUGUAAGCAGU